UCCUUCUUCCCCCAAAUCCUCACACAGUCAGGCUCCUCUCCACCGCGCUAGGGUUUUUGAACCAGGCUAGAUUCAGCCAUUCAGGCGGCGGCGGGAUGGGCGGCGGCGCGGAGGAUGAGCGCCAGAUACUCGUCCACCGCCGCCAUGAGCUGACCUCGCUGCCCAUCCCCGACGAGCUCACGCUGGACAUCUUGCUCCGCCUGCCCAACCCAGCCGAUCUCGUCCGCGCCUCCGCCGCCUGCGUCUCCUUCCGCCGCCUCAUCGCCGACCGCUCCUUCCUCCGCCGCUUCCGCAAGCUCCACGCCCCGCCCCUUCUCGGCUUCCUCGAGCAGGACACCAAAGUCUUCCACCCCGUUGCCUCGCCUCACCCCUCCGCGCCGGAAGCCCGCGCCGCCGCCCUCGCCGCCGACUUCUCGUUCUCCUUCCUCCCGGCCCCCUUCGCCGCCGACUUCUCAUUCUCCCUCCUCCCCGCCCCCGCCAGGGACUGGCUCGUCCAGGACACCCGCGACGGCCGCGUCCUCCUCGACAGGCCCCGUGAGCACGGCCACGGCAUCCUAAACAGAUACAAAGUCGUCUUCCCGGAGCUGGUGGUGUGCGACCCCUUGCACCGACGGUACAUCCUGCUCCCUCCCAUCCCUGCCCACCUAGCCACCACGGUGGAGCGCCCACUCCAGGCAACAAAGCACCGUUACUGCGAGACCUUCCUCGCUCCCCCAUCGGCAUCGGCUGCGGAAGAAACGACGUCAUUCAGCGUGGUCUGGAUGGCGCAUUGCGCAACUAAGCCGGUCGCCUUUGUCUUCUCUUCCAGCACCGGUCAAUGGCGACCCGUUUCGUCACCAAGUUGGGGUGGUUCCAUUGCUGACUUGCUAUUGUUGACACAGUUGCCUCCCUUCUCCGGGCGCCAGUAUGCGUAUGGGUGCUUCUAUUGGCUCAAACUUUGGGGGGGACAGCUGCUGGAGCUUGACACUCGGAGGAUGGAGGUCUCCAUUAGUCAACUCCCACGCGAAAUCGGAUGUUCGCGUGGUGAGGAUAUAGAUAUAGCCAUUUUGGAGGCAGGGGAAGGCAGGCCCGGGAUGUUUGUGCGUUCAGAAUUCGCAAAUCACCUCGACUAUUUUGUUAGGGGGGACAAUGGUGGUUGGCAAUUUGAGAAGACUGUCUCACUGGAUUUUGACUACUUGUUCAUCGGUUCAACGGGGAGGCACUUGUUCCUAUCUAAGCGCGGAAGCUCAUCACUCGAUGCAGGCCUUUUAUCUCUGGACGUCAAGACAUUCCAUCUUGAGAGGCUGUUUGUUUCAAACUCUUUCAGCACCUCAGGGCGCAAAAUCCGCACAUAUAGCAACUUCCCACCAUCGUUAUUGUCAACACCAACAAUAUAAAAAACUAUCAAGCGGUGUUGAAAAGGGGGUUGAGGAGUUGCUGGAACAAGGCUGUGCUGCAAUGUCAAGACCACAUUCACCACGGUCAGAAUAGUGCCGAGAAUGCUGGAGGUCAGGCAGUGUUGAGGAUUAGAGAUGUUUGUCAUGUGUGGUGAUGCAACUCUUAAAAACUAAGUUGGUCCAGUAUGGUGAUUAUUGAAUUAUUUGGCUGUAAUACGGCCACCUAGAAGCUAGAUUUUGUCUGCCUUGAUCUGACAAUGGUUAAUGCGUUUGCCAGAUAAGGUAGAGAGAGAAAGAGUAUUAAGUUUCUGCACAAUCAUUAGAUUAACUAAGACUACUGUCUUUUAUAUAAUGUGGCCGUGGUUUUGCUGUA